AUGACUUCAAUCGAUCCCAACCAAAACCAAAACAAUCUAACAUUAGCAAGAGAACAUUCACACAAUGCCAGAACAACAAACUCAAAAAGCUUAGCUCAUUGUUCUCAAUUACCUUCGAAUUCAUUAACUUUAACUCAAACUACUCAACUUGAUGGACUUAUGACUAUCUUACGUGAUUCGACGACACUCAGAUCCGAGUUUAUUUUCACGGCUGAUCGGAUCAUUAGACUUUUAGUAGAAGAAGGUCUAAACCAUUUACCUGUUGAACCUCAUGUGGUAAGUACUCCAACAGGUUCGAAAUACGAAGGGGUCAAGUUCCAAGGCAAGAUCUGUGGAGUUUCAAUCAUGAGAGCAGGUGAAAGUAUGGAAGCAGGUUUACGUGAAUGUUGUAGAGCUGUUAGGAUCGGAAAGAUUUUGAUCCAAAGAGAUGAAGAAACUUGUUUACCUAAAUUGUUUUAUGCUAAACUACCUGAUGAUAUCAAAGACCGUUACGUCUUUCUCCUAGACCCAAUGCUAGCUACAGGUGGAUCAGCAAUCAAAGCCAUGGAAGUCUUAAUGGAAAACGGAGUACCGGAAGAAAGGAUCAUCUUUUUGAAUCUGGUGGCUUCGCCUCAAGGCUUAGGUAACGUGUUUUCAAAACAUCCUUCUGUUAAGGUUAUUAGUGCUUGGGUUGAUGAAGGAUUGAAUGAGAAAAAAUAUAUUGUUCCGGGUUUAGGUGAUUUCGGUGAUCGAUAUUUUACUAGCUCAUGA